CGCUAAUUGUGUGCGCCAAAUGAUGGCGGGCCCGCUGCCCAGCAACAACUAACUUCACAGCCAGGAGGCAGUGACAGGGCGCUGUGCAUUCCAGCAUCCCACUCAGAGUCCUGCGAGCAGAGCCAUGUCUUAGGGGCCCUGACCAUGAACAAGUACGUGAAAGUCAACAAGAUCGGGGAAGGUUCCUUCGGAAAAGCCAUUCUGGUGAAAUCUAAGGAGGAUGGCAAGCAAUAUGUCAUCAAAGAAAUCGGCAUCUCCAAGAUGUCAAGCAAGGAGAGGGAGGAAUCUAGGAGGGAAGUUGCUGUGUUGGCAAACAUGAAGCAUCCGAAUAUUGUCCAGUACCAAGAAUCAUUUGAAGAAAAUGGAUGUCUUUACAUUGUGAUGGAUUAUUGUGAAGGAGGGGACCUAUUUAAAAGAAUAAAUUCGCAGAAAGGGGUUUUGUUCUCAGAAGAUCAGAUCCUGGGCUGGUUUGUGCAACUGUGCCUGGCUCUGAAGCAUGUCCAUGAUAGGAAAAUUCUACAUCGGGACAUAAAGUCCCAGAAUAUCUUUCUAACAAAGGGUGGUACAAUACAGCUGGGUGAUUUUGGAAUAGCGAGGGUGCUAAACAGCACUGUAGAGCUGGCUCGUACCUGUAUAGGAACUCCGUACUAUCUGUCUCCUGAGAUAUGUGAAAACAGGCCAUAUAACAACAAAAGCGAUAUUUGGGCACUGGGCUGUGUUUUGUAUGAAAUGUGCACCCUCAAGCAUGCGUUUGAAGCUGGCAAUAUGAAGAACUUGGUACUGAAAAUAAUCCGAGGUUCCUAUCCCCCCGUAUCUGUACAUUAUUCUUAUGAUUUACGCAAUCUGCUCUCAAUGCUUUUUAAGAGAAAUCCUAGGGAUCGUCCAUCUGUCAACUCCAUAUUGGAGAAGCCUUUUAUAUAUAGACGCAUUGAGACGUUUUUGUCCCCAGAGCUUAUUGCUGACGAGUUUGGUAUGGGAGCUUUUGUGAAUCACCCCAAACCUGGGAUCCAUGCUGCAGCAGCCAAAAGACAAGCUCCAGCACAAGUGGUUCCUCCUACUUCCCCACCUGCUCACAAAAUCACAAAACCUGCAGCUAAAUAUGGAGUGCCUUUAACCAUAAAAAAAUCUGCAGAUGCUGCAAAGAAACAUCAUGAUAAGAAGCCCCAGAUCAGACACAGACAGGCCCCAGCAGUGCCACUGAAGAAAGGGAAUCCUGUAGACGAAAGGAGGAAAAUGUUUGAGGAAGUGGCUAAGAAAAAAAGAAUGAAUAUCAGACAACUGGAGAAGGAAAAAAGACAAAGGGAACAGAUCGAUCUGCUAAGGGCCGAACAGAUGAGGAGACUAGAAAAGGAAAGGCUGGAUCGAAUAAAUCGUGCACGAGAGCAAGGCUGGAAGAAUGUAAUCGGCUCAGGAGGAAGUGGAGAUAGUAAGGCACCUUAUUUUGGUGGAGGAGGUGGUGUAGCGCCUCCACAAGGCAUGGGGUGGGGUCCCUAUGACCAUUACCAUUCCAUUUUGGAUCAGAAGCAGCAGCAGAAGGAAAACAUUAAGGGAGCGGUGAAAAAAGAGGGGAAACUGAAAGCAGAGAUCCGAAAUCCGGACCCUUUCAGCAAACCUUCUAUGCAUCAGGAAGCAGCAAACAUCCCUUCAGUCCACUCUCCAUUCCCAGACAGCAAUGCAGUGAAAAGGGAACUGAAGAGACUGCAGGAAGUACACAAUCAAGCCAUUGGCAACAAGCUUCAAGUGCAUGUUUCUGCAGAAAAGGCAAGACAGGUUGAAGAUUUCUUGCAGCGAAAGCGUCAAGCAAUGCAAAAUAAUGCUCGUGCAGAGGGACAUAUGGACGCAGUGCACAACGGGGCAGCUAUCUGUGGAGGCAGACCAAAUUCUGCAGGAGGAGGCAAGGCACCCAACAGAGAAGAAAAGGAGUAUUUGGCAAGACUUAGGCAGAUCAGACUCCAGAAUUUUAAUGAGCGACAACAAAUCAAAGCCAAGCUGAGAGGGGAAAAGGGGGAUAGCAAGGAAAACAGUGAGGAAGCUGAGCUAAGGAGAAAGAAAAUUGAAGCUUUGAAGGCUCAAGCAAAUGCAAGAGCUGCUUUAUUAAAAGAAGAACUUGAGAGGAAGAGGAGAGAAGCUGAUGAAAGAGAGAAGAGAGCAUGGGAAGAGCAUCUGCCUGCCCGAGGGUUAAGAAAUCCUAAUGUGCCUUGUAAUGCAGCUGGGGCUGCACCCGGAUCCCCCAAACAUGCGCAUCUUGAUGUCGGGGGAUCACCUGUCCGAGGACAGCCUCAUGUGAAACCCAGCACACCUGCCAUAUCUAUGACAUCAGCACUACGGAAUGUUGGGGCUGAUGGUGAAGAUGCAAAUAUCAGGGAUCUGACGGAGGGCUCAAAAACAUCAGAAACCUCAGUACAAAAUGAAAAGCAGCAAAUACUCCGUCGAUUAAAUCAUAAUCUGAAAUCUCAGGAAGAAACAGAACCCAUAACCGAGCCAAUAGAGGAAAAUGGAGUGCAAGCCAACGGAGAGGCACAACAUCAAGAGAGUGAGUCUCUGCCAGCAGACCGGAAGAAGUGGCAGGCUGAGCCGCCUCUUGUUAUCCCUCUUUCCCAGCUCACACUUGUAGAAGAUACUGUGUUCCCAUUGGACAAUCUGACAAUUGGAGAUGUGAUCAAACUGGAUGUGGAGGAGCCCCAGAGACGACUGUGGGGGAAAGAUCCUGCUGAUUCUUUGUUAAAGGUACUUGGUGAGGCCAAACUCCAGCUUGAAACAGAAUUGCUUCAAGUCACAAUCGAUCCCCAUAUAGAUGAACGGUGCCAUGAAGAAGCAGGUGAAGAGAAGGAAAACACUGAGGCACAAGACAAUGAAUUAAAUAAAGUUUCUGCCACUGAAGGACAGACUUUCGUUUUAUCUAAUAGCGAGGAAAUGCCACAGCCAGCAGUGUCUCAACCUGUAGAAGAGGAAUCCUCUGCCCCCAUGGCUACCUUUGACAAAGUAGAGAUCCAGUCUAAUGAUGAUCCUGAAGAUUUGGAGAUAGAGAUACUCAAAGAAAUAAGAGGGAAGGAGAAAGAAGACAAUGAGCGCCCAGUCAAGGUUACAACUGUUUGGACUGAGAAGGAAAAACAAGAAAGUGAGGGACAGGAGGCCGUUGAAUGCAAACAAACAAAUGAAGAUGCCAAAUCGGAAGCUGAAUGCUCAGAACAAGAGGAAAAUAUAGAGAAUCGCUCAAAUAGAGAGUCAAGUGUACCCAAAACUUUAUUUGAAAAAGUGCCACUCCCUCAAAGUAUAGUCGCUCCAACAUUCUCUGCCCAGUCGUCCUUUGAUGGCUCCUUACCACCUUGUUCUCAAUCAGCUUCUCCGACCAAAACCAAAGGCAAAACAGCACUGCUGAUUGGACUCUCUGCUGGUUUAUUUGAUGCAAACAACCCAAAGAUGCUGCGCACAUGCUCCUUGCCAGACCUCAGCAAAUUAUUCAAGACCUUUGUAGAUGUCCCUGCAGUGGCUGAUGUGGAAGGGGAUGAGCAGUUGGAAAUAGAAGACAUAGAGGAUGAACCUGUUCAGGAUGCAGAUCACUCUGAUUCAGAGGACACCAUGUUUGGGGAGACAGACAGAGAUUUACAGGAAUUGCAGGCAUCAAUGGAAAAAUUAUUAAGAGAGGAACCUACAGAGGAUUACUGUGCAGAGGAAGGAACCCACUUAAAUGCAGAACCACCAGCAGGAAACAACGAGGAAAAUAUGGAGUCUGUCAUUAUUAAUGGGGCAGAGGAAGAAGAGGAAGAUGAUGGAAAUCAGCCAAGUGGAGAAAGUGUCAUUAAUGAAGAAUGGCAUUCAGAUGAUAGCAGUGAGGACUUUGCCAGUGAAUGUGAUGACGGCGAUAGUGUUUUUGGUCAUCUGGAAGAAAUGAGGUUUAAACUGGAACAAGAGAUUGGUUUUGAGAAGUUUAUAGAAGUCUACAAUAAAAUCAAGGCCAUACAUGAAGACGAGGAUGAAAAUAUUGACAGUUGUUCAUCAGUUGUAGAGACUAUUCUAGGAUGCGAGCACCAGCAUUUGUAUCCCAGAAUACUUCGCCUAGUGAUGGCAGAUGGUGCUUACCAAGAAGAUAAUGAUGAAUAAACCCAACUCAGGAAUCUCACAUACCCUACAUGCUGCUUUAAACAGAAUUCGGCUCCAUGAUGAUACUCGGGUUUACUGACUUUAUAUGGACAGUUGAUGAGAAGAUAUGUUUGCAGUCUGCAUGUCUAGGGGAAAUAUCCUUUAAAUAUCCUAGUGUUUCUGUUCAUUUUGGUUGCAUUAUGCUAUAAAUAGCAAGUUAAUAAAAUACUUCCUGUAGCAUUUUGAUUGUUUCUAAACUAAAAUGAAUAGUUAGCAAGCCUUAUAUAAUAACUUGACAAGUUUGCCGCAGUGCAUUAAAGGGCCACUACAUCCUUUGCAGAGAAAUACUUAAAGGAAUAGUUCAGUAUAAAAAUAUAAACUAGGUAAAUAGGCUGUGCAAAAUAAAAAAUAUUUCUGAUAUAAUUAGUUAGUCAAAUAUGUAAUGUAUAAAGGCUGGAGUGACUGGAUGUGUAACAUUACAUUUUUGGCUUACUGACUAUAUUAGAAACAUUUUCUAGUUUGCACAUCCUAUCUAUUUACCCAGUUUUUAUUUUGACACUGAACUGUUCUUUAAGCUUGUAAAGUAUUAACAUAGGAACAAAAACAUUAAGCAGGCACUUGUAAAAUCCCACAUAAACAGGCCUUGCUCAGCAUUUUUGUUCCUGAUCCAUCACCUCUUGCUGAAGUUCUGGUGCAAGAUUCAACUGCAAACUCUUCUCUCUCUCUCAGGCAGAAUAUAUAAGAAGAUGACAUUUUAUUAUACAGCAGUUAACUUCUUUCCUCCUACAGCUAUACUGGUCAGUAUAACAAAUACCAAAAGCUUUAACUGUUUUAAGUUAAAAUAACAAGCAGAACACGUUUCCAGUACCUUUUUUAAUGGACUCAUGUUGAACUCAUACAUAUUUUGCCCCAUAAACUUAUUUGAUGUGCACGCUGAGCUAGACUUAACAGCAUGAAGAUUUCUUAGGUUUAAUGUGAUUGUGGUUCAGUACUGCUUUUCACCUGUUGUCGGCAGCAAAUCACCUGCAUAGGCAGCCACAGAACAGUGUCUAAUGAUUAUCUGUUGGUGGAAUACUAAUGAAUUUCAUGCGGGAACAAUAGAAAGGGGAAUCAUACAUCAAUGACAUUAUUUGCCACUUUUUAUUCUACUGAUCCCCUGGAUUCCAUCAACACCAGUAAACAGGCUGUAGAACUGCAUCAUAUACAUAUAUAUAUGUUUAGAAAUGAAAGAACCUGGUGGAUAAGACAAGGGAUGGGGCUAAGGAAGCAUACCUCUCCUGCACUCACAUAUAAUUAUAGAAAUAAAGAGAAAGAGGUUUCUAAGUACAUAAUAAGAAAUAACUUCAUGAAGAAAUAUAUUUUGCCUUUGCUUUGCAAUAAUGUUUAUUUGCUGAUGUCAGGAACAAAGAUGGGGGAGGCUCAACCAAACUGCUUUCCAUGUUUGUGCAACUUGAUCUAGUCUUAUUUGUAUUCUUUCUCUCAACUUUAUUUUUUUUAUUUCUCCCAGUCUAAUAUUCUUCUUACAUUCCAUUAUCUCUACAGAACAGCUCAGCCUGCAUUCAGCUGUCUUUCUUCCCACAGAAUAGCUCCCCACCCUCACUGUCACUUUAGCUGAUGCCAUUGAAUUGCACUACUGCUUUAUGCCCUGUGUUCAUUCCCAGCCCCUCUUCAGUAUUCAAGGUGUAUGUUACAAUCACAAUCCGCCUGUUACACCAGGUCUAACGUCAUACCCACGCUGCUUUAAAUCCUAUAAGAGUAGAGCUUUUGGAAAUGUACGUUUUUAUAGAACAGAAUUACUUAGGCUUAUGUUACAAAGCUGAAAGUAAAAGGUUUAACUAUUUAAGAAUCUUGUAAAAUGAGUUGAUGAAAAUGAUUUCUAACAUUUCAAAAUAAAGGCAUCAUUUUGUUAUGUAA